UAUUCACUCGGCAGUCAGCAUGGCGUCCGCUCCGCCAAGGCAACCCGCUGGCGCCAGCACACAGAAUGACCAUAACUCGACAGUGGCUGCAGCCGCACAGAGCCUUAUAAAUGUGCUCACACAGAACGUCUCCCAGGGACAGCAAGAGCAAGGAAGAAAGCAGGAACAGGAAUCUUCUUCUGUAGAACAAGAGAUGACCAGAUCUUUUCCUGGAUUUUUCUCAAGAAAAAGUUACCUUGGAAAGCGAAAGAUACAGAGUCCAAAGACCUGUAGCACACCAUAUACAAAACCGUGGAAGCCUUUUAGUUUUUAUGUGUACCUGUUUAACAUGAAUUCAGAGACAACUCCAAACUCAUCUGAAGAGUCUGAGCUUGCCCAGGCAGGGCUUGGAAAAAGACAUCUCACCAUGUCCAGGGAUAUGAGUCACGAGGAGUUCUUCAGACUACUUCAAAAUGAGUACCCUAAGAUGCAGGGAGUGACAGGAGGUUGGCUACUCUACAAGGCUACAGGUGGUCAGGGUAAAAGGAGACUGGUAAUGAUUCCUCCUGACUCUGAUGGAUACACCGGAACCCUACUUCGCAGUGUUACAGGGGCAGGAAAGAGCACCCUGUAUAUUGUGCCAUUGCAACAUGAGUUUGACCUAACUCCACUACCUCCAGAUGCCAUUGAAUUCCAAAGUAUGCCAACAGCACAAUGCCACACAUGUAAAGUGAUUUUUCCUUUGCACAUUUUGGCCCUUUAUGUUCAGGAGUGCAUGGAGUCUGAGUCAGCAGGAGAGGAUAUUGAGGCGUGUCAAAGUGACAUCCAGAUAGUUUCAGAGACAGCCCCCCCUGUCCAUGACACGGAGACAUCUUUUGGAGAGAAAGUUCCAUGUCCUAUCUGUUUCUUGAACUUCACACCACAGUUUGUAGAGAUCCAUGCUAGCAUGUGUGGAGAAAGAAGAAAGGACAAUCUUACGAUGGCUGAGACAAAUGCCGUGAGCCAGGACAAUGGAGAGGAGCACAUCAAAAGUGUUGAUGAUGUAUUGGAUGCCAUUUGUCGAAGAGUUGACGUAGAGAAACAGUUCAACAUCCAAAUCUCAAGAACAAACAUUCUGGAGAGAGGCCUACUGCAGUGGCAACGUCAAAAAAAAAUUCACCCACUGCUACUCUGAAAGUGACAUUCUUUGGGGAGGCAGGAGUGGACACAGGUGCGCUCCGAAAAGAAUUUCUCACAGGUAAAACAAAAACAAA